AGCCUUUAAGUUCCAGUUUAGAAGCACUUUACCUCUAUUUAUAUCGCCACUCUCUCUUCACAUUUUCCUCAAUUCAACCUCCCUCUCCCUCUCCCUCUCGAAAUUAAUAAUGGCUCUUCUCGGGCUUUUCCUGGUCGGAUUUCUCGCAGUGGUAUCGGGUGCGAAUGCCUACGGCGGGGGCUGGGCUAACGCCCAUGCAACCUUCUACGGAGGAAGCGAUGCUUCGGGAACAAUGGGUGGCGCGUGCGGUUACGGGAAUCUGUACAGCCAAGGUUACGGUACAAACACUGCAGCGCUGAGUACCGCCCUGUUCAACAACGGGCUGAGCUGCGGGUCCUGCUACGAGAUCAGGUGCGCCGGCGAGAGGCGGUGGUGCUUGCCCGGUUCGAUUCUGGUGACGGCGACCAAUUUCUGCCCCCCAAACAACGCCUUACCGAACAAUGCAGGGGGGUGGUGCAACCCGCCCCUCCACCACUUCGACCUCUCUCAGCCCGUAUUCCAACACAUUGCUCAGUACAGAGCCGGCAUUGUCCCCGUUGCUUACAGAAGGGUAGCCUGCAGGAGAAGGGGCGGAAUUAGGUUCACCAUCAAUGGGCACUCCUACUUCAACCUAGUGCUCAUCACGAAUGUCGGCGGCGCCGGCGACGUGCACGCGGUGGCGAUUAAAGGGUCUCGGACUGGGUGGCAGCCGAUGUCGAGGAACUGGGGCCAGAACUGGCAGAGCAACAACAACCUCAAUGGUCAGAGCCUGUCGUUCAAGGUGACCACCAGCGACGGCCGCACCGUCGUCUCCAACAACGCCGCCCCGGCCGGCUGGUCCUUUGGCCAGACCUUCGCCGGCGCUCAGUUCCGUUGAAUAUCAAUUUUAUAAUAUACCUAAGUUAGGUGGCUAGGUAGUAGUUGGGUCUCUAAAGGGGUGGAAAAAGAAAUUGAGGGGGCUAAUUUUAUAUGGUCCUUGGCUUUUUGGGGUUCAAAUGAGAAUCACAAAUUUGUGGGGGUAGGAUUAUCUUUCUUGCUCUUGACUUGAGGCUAUUGUUUUUGGGAUUUUUUCUUUUUCUUUUUUGGGGAACUAUUUUUCUGUCGCUUAAGAGGCAGAAGAUGGCUGAGGUGGAUAUAUUACCACCCGCUUCCUAUUGUAAAAGUCUUAUUGUUGGAAGAUCAAUAUGUAACUAAAUGAAAUGGCUUGUUUCUUGUUUACAA